AUGAAGGUGUCGGGGAAGUUGAGCGUCUGUUGGGUGUGCGGCUGGGUGGGUGGUUCAGCCGAAGGGAGGUGCACGUAUUUGUGGUGCGUCAUGUGCGCGCGUCGAGGCAUCAGGUGGAUCUCUUUCGCAUGCAGACGCGUUGAGGUGUUUGAGGUCCAGGGAGCUGGGAACGUAUUUGUGGUGAGGGCGUGCCUGAACGUGUGUUGUAGAAUUUGGACGGAUGAAGGUGUCGGGGAGGCUGAGCGUCUGUUGGAUGUGCGGCUGGGUGGGUGGUUCAGCCCAAGGGAACGUGGUCGUGUACAGGAGCCACAGAAAGUGGGUUCGGCUGUGGCGAUUGCCGUCGCCAUUGCUCUGCGUGUUGUAGAGGUGGUCGAACUGCAGGGACGCAGACGUGAUCGUGUACAGGCGCCACAGAAAGUGGGUUCGGCUGUGGCGAUUGCCAUCGCCAUUGCUCUGCGUGUUGUAGAGGUGGUCGAACUGCAGGGACGCAGAGGCAAUACGUUUGUUGCUACUGAUUACUGGGUGGUUGGUUUGCUUGUUGUGGCGCUGUUCUAG